AAGUCACACCUUAGUAAACACCAACCUCCCAUCUCUCAUGACUUGACAUUCGGAGCAAUGUUGCCGUUUUCUCUCCCGGCGUUCCUCUGCCUCCUGCAUGUUUUCUGCAUCACUGCUGAAAUAGACAGCAGCGCCUUCCUGAUCUACAAUGACGCCCACAACAAAUGUGUGAUGGUGGAAAGUGCCACCUCGAUGACAGCGGCCUCCUGUGACCCCCAUUCCAAAGCCCAGCAGUUUCGUUGGGCAUCGGAGUCGCGACUCCUCAGUCUGUUGCUGAACCUGUGUCUCGGGGCUGAACAGAUAAAGGACUGGGUGAAGGUGCUGCCCGUCGACUGUGAUGAGAACAGUGAGCUCCAGCACUGGGAGUGCAAGAACGACACGCUCUUUGGCCUCAGGGACCAGAACCUGCACUUCAACUAUGGCAACAACAAUCAGAGGAACAUUAUGAUUUACAAGGGCUCCGGAACCUGGAGUCGUUGGAAAGUGUAUGGCACCAAUGGGGACAUUUGCUCAAAAGGAUAUCAGGAAAUUUUCACUAUUGGAGGCAAUUCUUUUGGCGCACCAUGCCAGUUCCCAUUUAAGUUCGAGGAUAAAUGGUACUCUGAGUGCACGAAGGAAGGCCGUGAUGACGGGCACCUUUGGUGUUCAACAGACACAGACUACGACAAAUCGACGAAAUGGGGCUUUUGUCCGACCAAAGACACUACAGACUGGACCACGGACCCGGUCACGGGUGUUAAGUAUCAGAGGAAUUUGCAGUCAGCGUUGACCUGGCAUCAAGCAAGGAAGAGCUGCCAGCAGCAGGGCGCUGACCUCCUCAGCAUCAUACAGCUCCAUGAGCAGUCUUUCAUCACAGGCUUGACAUCCAUCUUGGGAUCCUCCAUGUGGAUCGGACUAAACAGCCUGAGUUCUGAGGCGGGAUGGGAGUGGAGCAACGGACAUCCGUUCCGCUAUUUAAACUGGGCCCCAGGUCACCCUUCGUCUGAUCCUGGGAGCAGCUGUGCAACACUCAAUUCUGCUAAAGCAUCAAAAUGGGAGAGCAGUGACUGCUCAAAGAAGCUAGCCUACAUAUGUCGCAAGGAAAAUCCUAGCAAACAGCCGCCUCCAAUGGCCAAGGAGCAGCCCAGCUUCUGCCCAAAUCACUGGGUUCCCUUCGGUGGUCACUGUUACUUCCUGGAGAGAACGAAACACACGUGGAAGGAUGCGAUGAACCUCUGUCGGAAGGAAGGAGGCGACCUGGCCAGCAUCAACAAUAUAGAGGAGCAGAGUUUCAUUAUAUCACGGUCUGGAUAUUCACCAACAGACGUGCUGUGGAUCGGCAUGAACGAUCAAAGGGUUCAGCUGUUUUUUGAAUGGUCCGAUCGGUCUCCUGUGACCUUCUCACUCUGGGACUUGAACGAGCCAUCGCAUGCCAGCAACCUCCAGGAGGACUGUGUUCUGAUCCAGGGAAAGAAUGGUGGCUGGGCGGAUCAUGUGUGUGACAAGUCAUUUGGAUAUAUCUGUAAGAAGAUGGCCUCCAAUAAGCCAGUGGAAGGGGCCCAGAAACAGUCCAACACUGGAUGCAAACCAGGUGCCUUGAGGUUCCGCUCAUACUGCUACAGCAUUGGAUCUGAAAAGAAGACUUUUGAUGGGGCACAGAGAGAGUGCUCAAGCUUUGGCGCAAACCUGGUCGAUAUCAAUGACAGAUAUGAAAAUGCCUUCUUGAUCAGUGUGGUGGGUUUAAGACCAGAGAAGCAUUUCUGGACUGGAUUUUCCAACACAGAUGACAGACAAAUUUUCCGGUGGGUCACCAGAAGACGGGUGACGUUUACACAUUUCAACGUCGGGCUGCCAGACCGCAGACAAGGAUGCGUUGCUUUUGCUACGGGAGCACAGGCUGGCCUGUGGGAUAUUCUCACAUGCAGCAGUAUGGAGAACUUCAUCUGCAAGCGGCUGGCGAACGAUGUCACGACGACAGCGGUGCCUCCCACCACGCCAACCCAGAGCUGUCAUUCGGGGUGGAUACCACUUUCUAGAAGAAACGUCUGCUACAAAGUCUACAAAAAAUCCAAGAAUUUUAAGAGGACCUGGUCUGAGGCGCAGAGCUUUUGCCGGGCCAUUGGUGGGGAACUUGCAAGUGUCCUACGAUACCAAGACCUAACUGAUACAUCGUUUCGUUCUUCAGAUAAAGUGUGGAUUGGUCUCAAAAUGAAGGGCCCCAAUGAAGGCUUUACGUGGGCUGAUGGCUCAUCUUUUAGCUUUAGCAACUGGGAAUAUGGAGAACCAAAUAACCACAACGAAGUUGAGCAUUGUGUGGAGAUCUCGGGUUAUCGAAGAAAGUGGAACGAUCGUUUCUGCGACACUCCCAAUGACUGGAUCUGCCAAAUACGCAAAGGGCAGAUUCCCAAACCUGAUCCAGUCUAUCGAGAGGAAGUAUUCAACCAAACGGCAGAUGGAUGGGUGAUUUACAACGAAACCCAAUACUACGUCAACCUUCAAAACAUGCCAAUGGAAGCAGCAAGAGCCUUUUGCAGAAGUAAAUUUGGUGACCUUGCUGUCAUUAACAGCAACAGUGAGAGAAAGUUCAUUUGGAAGCAGAUACAGAGAGGCUCAGAACGUCAGUACUUCAUAGGAAUGAUAGUGAAUUUAGACAAGUCAUUUAGCUGGCUGGAUGGCACACCUGUCACAUACACUGCAUGGGAGCACAACGAGCCCAACUUCGCCAAUAAUGAUGAAAACUGUGUGUCUAUAUACAAGAAUAUGGGGUUCUGGAAUGAUAUCAACUGUGGAAUGGAUCUACCCUCUGUUUGUAAAAGAAGCAACAAUUUCGUCAACACAACAAUGUCACCAACGACUGUCCCGAGAGGCGGAUGUGCUCCAGAAUGGGUGGCUUUCAACGGCAAGUGCUACAAAUUUGUUAUGGGUAAAGACCAGAAAAAGUCUUGGCGGAAAGCCCGAUCUUACUGCUUAAACCAAGGAGGAAAUCUGGUUUCUAUCCUGAAUGAGAAGGAGCAAGAAUUCCUGACAACAAAGUUGGUAAGCUGCACUACGGACUUGUGGAUUGGAAUGAACGAUAUCAACUGGGACAUGCACUUUGUCUGGACUGAUGGAAAAGGCAUCGCCUAUACAAACUGGGGCAAAGGACAACCACGGCGCUCUCCGGAUGUACACUCAUUUGGAAGCGAGGAUUUCGAUUGUGUAAUAAUGUCUAGCGACAGCCCGUUGCGCAAGGGGCUCUGGAGGGUUGAAGAGUGCGACAGGGAGCUGAACUUUAUCUGUAAAAGAAACAUUGAUUCCCAGAUCGCUGUCCCGUCCCCGACUGAUUUGACAAAAGCCUUCUUCAAGCUUGGAAAUGAGUCCUACAAACUAGUGGCACAGAAGAUGAGGUGGGACGAGGCCAGACGGCAGUGCCAGGCCGAUGACGCCGAUCUGGUCAGUAUCCUGAACCCGGUGAUCCAAUCUUACGUGGCCUUGCAGGUCUCCAAGUACAAUGAGCCUGUGUGGAUUGGACUCAACAGUAACGUGACUGAUGGUCGCUACAAGUGGGUGGAUAACUGGGUCCUGACUUACACCAAAUGGGGUAAAUCUGAACCGCUCAACAAUUACGCCUGCGUGUACAUGGAUGUGGACAAGAACUGGAAGACGGCCCCUUGCACCAACACCUACUUCUCUUUCUGCAAGAUUUCUUCAGUCACUGCUCCACCUGAGCCGGAACAACGUCCUGGAAAGUGUCCUGAAAGCACCAAAGUCGGCUGGAUUCCGUACCGAGGCUAUUGUUAUGCGUUUGUCACCUCAGGCCGCGAGACUUGGGCUCACGCUUCGUUGGAAUGCAUGAAAAUAGGGGCAUCUCUUGUGAGCAUUGAGGAUCCCCAUGAGUCAUAUUUCAUCCAGAGCAACGUGGAAAUGCUACAUGAUGAAGCAAAGUUCUUCUGGAUCGGGAUGAUUAAAACCCAUGAAGAUGCUUGGAUGUGGAUCGAUGGCACCGUCGUGGACUUCACCAACUGGAUGGCUAACGCUAGAAGGUCUGAGUCAUGUGUCGUUCUUUCUUCGGGAACUGCCCAGUGGAACUCCAUUCAGUGCAGCAAAUACAAUUCGUACAUCUGCAAAACACCCAAAGUUCGUCUCCCAACUGAGGCGCCUCCAUUCAUUGCUCAUGCCGUUGAGGACAUCACUCCACACGGAUCUCCAGGAGUCACCGUGGCCGUUAUUCUGAUUGUGAUCGUUGCUCUUGGACUCGGAGCUUUCCUGCUUUUCCGCAAAAGAAUCCCCAUGCCCAGUUUGGGAGAGUUCACUUUUGAUAACAAACUGUACUUCAACAAUCCAAUCCGAGCGGCCGUCGACACCAAAGGCCUGGUGCCCAACAUCGAGGAGAACGAACAAGCGUGAGCCACCACAAAUUCCACCUGCUUCUCAACCGGAACUAGUUUCAGCCUCCACUUUACUACUACUGUAUUUGUAAUUCUGACUUGAAAUGACAUGAUUGAUUUGUGUACAGUUUUUUUUGUUUUAAUUAUUACAAAUUAAACUAUGACUUGCAGUUCACGGUGGAAAUU